ACCAACAGUAACAGAUGAGCAAGGAGCUAGCAGCAAUGGAACCUGGAGCUUCAAGGGAUGGACUCAGAGCUGAGACAACAUACCCAGCCCUGGGCUCUGGAGUCAGCCUGCACACCUAUGACAUCGUGGUGGUGGUCAUCUACUUUGUCUUUGUCCUUGCUGUGGGAAUUUGGUCGUCCAUCCGCGCAAGCCGAGGGACCAUUGGUGGCUAUUUCCUGGCUGGAAGAUCCAUGACCUGGUGGCCAAUUGGAGCAUCUCUAAUGUCCAGCAAUGUGGGCAGUGGCUUAUUCAUCGGCCUGGCUGGAACAGGGGCUGCUGGAGGCCUUGCUGUGGGUGGUUUCGAGUGGAAUGCAGCUUUUCUGCUUCUGGCCCUGGGCUGGAUCUUUGUCCCUGUGUACAUCGCAGCUGGUGUGGUCACCAUGCCACAGUACCUGAAGAAACGAUUUGGGGGACAGAGGAUCCAGGUGUACAUGUCAGUCCUGUCUCUCAUACUCUACAUCUUCACCAAGAUAUCGACUGAUAUCUUCUCUGGAGCCCUCUUCAUCCAGAUGGCCUUGGGCUGGAAUCUCUAUCUCUCCACAGUCAUCUUGCUGGUGGUGACAGCUGUCUACACCAUUGCAGGGGGCCUCACAGCUGUGAUCUACACAGAUGCUCUACAGACCGUGAUCAUGGUUGGGGGAGCCCUGGUCCUCAUGUUUCUGGGCUUUCAGGAGGUCGGCUGGUACCCAGGCUUGCAGCAGCUCUAUAGACAGUCCAUCCCCAAUGUCACAGUUCCCAACACUACCUGUCACCUCCCACGGCCUGAUGCCUUCCACAUGCUUCGAGAUCCUGUGAACGGGGACAUCCCCUGGCCAGGUCUUAUUUUUGGCCUCACAGUCUUGGCCACCUGGUGUUGGUGCACGGACCAGGUGAUUGUGCAGAGGUCUCUCUCGGCCAAGAGUCUUUCACAUGCCAAGGGAGGCUCGGUGUUAGGGGGCUACCUAAAGAUCCUCCCAAUGUUCUUCAUUGUCAUGCCCGGCAUGAUCAGCAGGGCCCUGUACCCAGAUGAAGUCGCCUGUGUGGACCCUGACAUCUGUCAGAGAGUGUGUGGGGCCAGAGUUGGAUGCUCCAAUAUAGCCUACCCCAAGCUUGUUAUGGCUCUCAUGCCUGUGGGUCUGCGAGGCCUGAUGAUUGCCGUGAUCAUGGCUGCCCUCAUGAGCUCACUCACCUCCAUCUUCAACAGCAGUAGCACCCUGUUUGCCAUAGAUGUGUGGCAGCGCAUCCGCAGGCAGGCAUCGGAGCAAGAGCUGAUGGUGGUAGGCAGGUUGUUUGUAGUCUUCCUGGUACUCAUCAGCAUCCUCUGGAUCCCCAUCAUCCAGAGCUCCAAUAGUGGGCAGCUCUUUGACUACAUCCAAUCCAUCACCAGCUACCUAGCCCCACCCAUCACAGCCCUCUUCCUGCUGGCCAUCUUCUGCAAGAGGGUCACUGAGCCUGGUGCCUUCUGGGGCCUCAUGUUUGGCCUGGUAGUGGGAAUACUGCGUAUGAUUCUGGAGUUCUCAUACUCAGCCCCAGCCUGUGGGGAGAUGGACAGGCGGCCAGCUGUUCUUAAGGACUUCCACUACCUGUACUUUGCCCUCCUCCUCUGUGGACUCACCGCCAUCAUCAUUGUCAUAAUCAGCUUCUUCACGGAGCCCAUCCCCGACGAAAAGCUUGCUCGCCUGACCUGGUGGACAAGGAGCUAUCCCAUAUCUGACCUACAGAAGAAAGCCUCUGUGAGUGUGAACAAUACAGAGAGUGACAACUCUCCAGCACUGGCAGGGAGGCCAGUGCUGGAGGGCCCUGCAGGAGAUGAGGAAGAAGCAAACACCACCCCGGAGCCUGAACAACCAGAAGCCCUACACAGGUCCUGGGGGAAAUGGCUGUGGAACUGGUUCUGCGGACUCUCUGGAGCACCACAGCAAGCACUGAGCCCAGCUAAGAAGGCUGAGCUGGAGCAGAAGCUGACCAGCAUCGAGGAAGAGCCACUCUGGAGAUGUGUCUGCAACAUCAAUGCCAUCAUCCUGCUGGCCAUCAACAUCUUUCUCUGGGGCUAUUUUGCAUGACUCCAGAGACUAGGGUUUAGUUGAAAUGAGUAAAACCGCUGAACCCUGGUCCGUCCCCAAGACCAAAGGCAGGCUCUCUUUCCAACUUGCUGUGCUAACUGCAGACCACAGAGACUGAGAGCGAAAGAGCCUUGAGGAGCAUCUGGUCUCAUAUGCUUGUAAGGUGGAGAUAUGAAGGGCUAGAGUGGUCACUAGGAUCACCCAAAGUCAUAAAGCAGGACUUACACUAGGUCUCCAACUCCAGCUCUCUUUCUAUUUUACUACCCUGUAAUCCUACCUCAAAAACACUAUCCCCUCCAUCCAAUGAAGAUAUUCAUUGUAUGUGUAUCUUCCAGUUAAAUACAUAGUAAGAAAAUGGGUAGAGAAUUCUAUAAAAAUUAUUCUUGUAUACUCGUUCCCUUUCUGCUUCCUGUUUCCCUCUCCCUUUCCCUCCUUGGCUCUCAGUAAGAUGAGUCCAGUGAGAAGGGUCUUAUCAUGCCAUUGGUUUCCAUUGUGCCUGUCAAUCCCGUAAGAGCAAAGAGCACAGGUAACAUGACAGGUGUGGAGACAAGUGCUCCAAGACCAGGAUCCUCCUUGGCACAACUCUAAUUCCACUUAUGCCCCCAACAACCUUUCCACAUCCUAGGAACUUGGAGCCUAGCUUGAGCGAUGUGUUGAAAAUAACAGGAAUCAAAGAGCCCUAGGGAGCAGAGAGGACAGCCUGGGGGUGGGCACACCAUGACAUUCAUCCUUCUGCCUUUAUUUGCCAAAACUUCUUCCCUGAAAUAUACUGAAGACCAUGUCUUUGAGCAACUUCCCAGGAAGAUAUCCAAAUGCUGCACACUGGAUCAAGGUCCCACUCAGACCCUACAAUGCACAUGCUGCCUCCUUGUGGCCCUAUCAUACUGCCCUGCAGUAUACUCUCCCUUGUGGAUGGUGCAUGCCUAGGAGCAGGGAUCAAUGGUGAUGCCCAAGCUGGCUUUGCACCAUCAACAAAAGAAGCCAAUAGAUGCUUGUUGGGUUCAUAUGCACUUCCAGGCCCUGUGCCUUUUGCUCUCUGGAUGGUGAGGAAGAGAGUUAUGGAAUUGGCUUCUGGAGAAGAGAAGUAGCAUAAGCAGCUGAGUCUCAGGCAUAUAGGCCGAAUGGUACAGACAGCCAAGAAUGGCCCUUCUCCCUCUCCUCUGGUCCUCUGCAAUGCACUUUUGAUCACCGUGUCAAUGACUGCUCAUUCUAACUGAAGACAAAUAAAAUUCCAUUUCAUUAACCUGCAGACACA